AUGCCAUCUCUGGAAGACGCUUAUGGCAGUGGUACCAGUGCUGCGUUUGAAGACACGUGCUCGAGCGCUUGUUUUUCCAUCUCUCUUACUUCAGUAUCUUUCAAUGAAGAUUUGGAGAGCAGUGUAGCAACAAUCCGUGGCCAGCACCAGGGGGAUCAGGCUGUGGAUUACAACCCAGCUUGGGAACAGCAGCAGUCCACUCGUGAUUGCUUACCGGACGUGCCGGCUCUUGUGUCCGGUAUGGGAGCAUCUGGGCUGCCAGAUCAGCAAACAUUCCCCGUUCACCCAGAUCACCCACCAUUCGAACGCGAGAACGAUUGCCUCGCGGUCCCAGAGGGCCAAGGGAAUCACACGUGCACAAGCUCUACUACGCCUGACGUACUUCGUUGCGAGCCUUGCAAGGUCAACUUUAUCGGAAAAUAUUGCAGGGGUAGCUGGCAGAGGCACAUCCGGUUGAAACACCGUGACCAGGGUGUCAGCUAUCCAUGCCAGGAUGCCAAUUGCGGGCUGAAGUUCAACCGGACUGAUGCGCGGCUUAAGCACUACCGCAAAUACCAUCCGGAUCUAGCCUCGUCCCCAGCGAAGCCUCGUGCCAAAAACCGUCGCAAGAGCAAGGAAAAUACCCCACAGACUAAGAAGCGAUCUACAAAGCCUGAUCAAAAGAUUGAGGUUGAGCCUGAGUCAUCUUAUACGGGAAUGGAAGGUCUUUGGAGGACGACCUAUGCCGAAGGCGUUGAAUCCAGUAGACUUAGCCAAGACCAAGAUCUCCUUGGAGUUGGUCGCUGCGUGACACCACCGCCACGUAACUAUUCGUACGUUGAGGCGGGCUGGCAAGAUCCCCAGAACUUUUCUUAA